AUGGCGACGGGGGCAGGCUGGCAGCCUCCGUACACCAGCGCGAGCGGCAGCACCAAAUAUAACGUCGCCCCCUCGCCGGCGUCCGGCAUGUUUUACGACGGGACUUUGACGCUGGAUUACAGCCAAGACCUGCACCUGAAGAUGAGCAAGAAGAUAGCGCAGCUGACCAAGGUGAUUUACGCCCUCAACACCAAGAACGACGAACACGAGGAAGAGAUCGAGUCUCUGAAAGAAGCCCACGAGGACGAGGUCCAACACAUUGUGACCGAAACCAGAGACAAGAUCAUGCAGUACAAGAGUAAGAUGGUGGACGAGGCCGACCUGAGGCGGCGGCUGGCCAGUCUGGAAGAAUCUGUCGAACUCCACGAACACAUGAAGAGACAGGCUUUAGCGGAGUUUGAGAUGUACAGACAGAGAAUGGAGGAUUCGCAGCUCUGCACCGAGGCCCAGCACACACAGAGAGUGGUUUCCAUGAGCAGAGAGGUGGAGGAGAUGCGUCGUGAUUUUGAGGAGAAGCUGCGGGCGUUCAGCCAGACUCAGGCCCAGUUUGAGGCGGAUAAACGGCGAGCGCUGGAGGAGCUGAGGUCCACCUACCGCCAGGAGGUGGAGGAACUCCUCAACAACCAGCAGAACCAGAGCGCCACCUCCACCGAAGACCAGGAGAAACUGGCCGAGCUCCAUAGACAAGAGGUGGAGGCAUUGAUGGAGAGGGUGGAGGAGAUAACGAAGGAUAAGGUCCGCCUGGUGGAGGAGUACGAGGCCAAGCUGGGCAAGGCUCAAGAGUACUACGAGAGGGAGCUGGAGGCCAUGAGGAGAACACACCAGCUCACCACGGAGAACCUGCUGGCCUGGAAGAGGACCGAGGUUGAGCUUCGUAAGGAGUUCCAGGCUCAGGAGGCGGCGCUGCAGCGCUCGCUGUCCAAGCUGAGGAGUGAGCUCCAGAAAGCGCACGAGGAGGCCAGAGAGAACCGAGACAAGACCAACAGACUGCAGACGUCGCUGGCCAACGCAGAGGGAACCAUCAAGAACCUGCACAAGCAGCUGGAAGAGGCCAUCCAGGACGGAGAGAUCUGGGUGAUGCAGCUGAAGGACACCGAGUACGAGCUCGACGGCAGCAGGGAACGGGUUCAACAGCAGGCUACUGAAAUCCUCCAUAAAGCCAGUCAGAUUGGCUCCUUGCAGGCCACCCAGAUGUCCCAUGACGCGAGCAUCAGGAACCUGGACCAGGAGCAGAUCCGGCUGAAGGACAAGCUCAGCCGGCUGGAGGAGGAGAGGGAGGCUCUUCUCAACCAGAGCCAGGCCUCUAACGAACAGCACAAACAGCAAGUGCUGAAACUAGAACAGUCUCUGCGCGAGGAGCACCAGGGUUACGAGAAGGAGCUCUGCAGGCUGAGAGCACACUACGAGGAGGAGAUGCACCGCUUCAAGGAGGCGCAGGUCAGAGCGCUGGAGGAGUUGGAAGAGAAUCACCAGUCCAUGAGGGAGGAGGCGCAGCAGGAGAAAGAGGACGAGAAGAGACUCCUCAUGGCGAAAAUGAGUCAGGAGUUCGAGAUCAAGCGCCUGUCGUUGGAGGAGCAGCGGGAUCGCCUCCAGCAGCAGCUCGACAACUUGAAAGAGGAGCUCUCGGCCAAGCUCAACAUGGCCAAUCAGGAGGUGUCCCACCUGCAGGAGCUGGUGAGGGAGGGCGAGCAGAACAAGGGCUCAGCUCAGACGCAGAUCAGCUGCCUGAGGGAAACGCAGGAAAAACUCAAGAUCGAACUCGACGCCACUCGAGCGCGCGUCCGAGAGACCAGCAACCUGCUGACUGACCUACAGGAGGAGAUCGAGACCCAGAGGCAGCAGCAUGACGCCAGAGUGAUGUCCAUCAGAACAGAAGAGAAACAGAAGAUGGACAAGAUGGCGGACGACUUGGACCAGAAAUGGAGAGAUGCGCUGCGGGAGGAGGUGCGUCUGCUGAAGGAGGAGCUGACGGAGGAGUACGAAGCAGACAAACAGGCGGCGCUGACUCAGACCUCACAGCAGAAAGAACUGGAGAUGAUGGCGGCAAGAGAGGGCUGGCAGAGGAAGGUGGAAGACCUGCUAGAACAGAUCUCUCUAUUGAAACAGUCCCUGGAGCUGCAGUUGUCCCAGUCCCAGUCAGCCCUCCAGCAGCUGCAGUCUCAGUUCAACCAGGAGAGGGAGCUGCUGAGCCAACAGCUGAAAGAGCUGCAGAGGGAACAUCAGAGGCGAGAGCACCGCCUGCAGGAGGCUCACUGCUGUGCCCUGAGCACCAUGGAGGAGGCCAGGCAGCACCAGAUAAGGGCUCUGGAGGAGCGCCUGAAGCAGGAGCAGAGGGAGGAGGUCCACGCUCUGAAGGAGGCCCACAGGAGGACCUUCGACAUCCUGAGACAGCAGUCGGACCAGGAGCUGCAGACGCUGCGAUUCGAGCUGGAGGACGAGGGGAAAGCCAAGCUGGCAUCUCUUCGUGCAGAACUGAACCACCUCCACGCCGCCUCCAUCGAGCACCUGAAGCAGUUCCACCAUAAGGACAACACCUCCGUCAAACGAGAGCUAGAGAACGCGAUGGAGCAAAGCCACCAGCAGGAGCAGGAGCUCCUUGUUCGAAUCUCGGAGCUGCAAGCAGAGCUGUGUUCCCGUAGCAACCGCAUCACCGAUCUGGACCACGAGAUCCACUCGCUGAACGAGACCAUCGACACUCUGACCAGGGAGCUGGAGAUAAAGGGCAAAGAGGUGCUGCGUGUUCGUAGUGAAGCUAACCAUCAGAUAAGGGCCCACGAGCAAGACCUUUCAAAGAGACACGAGAGGGAUCUGGGCGAGAUGAAUAUGGUCCACCACAGAGAAACGCAAAUCCUGCUGGCGGACUUCAACAAGGCCCAGGAGGUCCUCAGAGACAAGAUCACUGCGCUACAAAUACUGCUGCAGGGGACGGAGGAGAAGCUCAGAAACAGAGAAAGCCGACCAGAAGACCUGCACGUCAUCGCAGAGCUCAGAGAGAUGGUCACCGAAAGAGAAGGUCUGGUGAAGAAGCUGGUGGACGACAAGAAGUUCUACCAGCUGGAGUUGGUGAACAGAGAGACGGGGUUCAACAAGGUCUUCAAUUCCAGCGCCAACGUCGGUGUGAUCAACCCGCUCAUCAAGCAUCCUCCACAUCAUCCCAUGCCAAGCCUUGCUCUUCCUCAUGCUCCUCAUCCUCAGGAAGCCCUGGUGCAGCAUCAGGGCCUACAAAGCUUUAGGAGCCUUCCUGAGGCCGACGCCACGACGCCGUCACACCCGAGAGUCGUGGAGGCCGGAAAAAGCAAAGAGCACGUCGUGAAAGAAGAAGAGCUGUACGCCCAGUACUUCACUUUCUAA